CAUGUUGGUACAACGGCAACCAAAAAAAUUGAUGUCUACCUCCCACUGCACACAAGCCAAGACAAACUGCAGCCCAUGACAGUUGUGACGAUAGCAAAUGCCAAGGUGCAUGACCUGAUUGGACUAAUAUGCUGGCAAUAUACAAAUGAGGGACGGGAACCAAAACUGAACGACAACGUCAAUGCCUACUGUCUCCAUAUUGCUGAGGAUGACGGUGAGGUCGACACAGAUUUUCCACCCUUGGACUCCAACGAGCCCAUUCACAAGUUUGGCUUCAGCACUUUGGCGCUGGUUGAAAAGUACUCUUCUCCCGGCCUGGCAGCAAAACAGUCGCUCUUUGUUCGCAUAAAUGCUGCUCAUGGAUUCUCACUUAUUCAGGUGGACAGUAUGAAGGUCACCAUGAAGGAUAUCUUACAAAAGGCCUUAAAGAGAAGGAAGGGAUCACAGAGAGGCUCAG